AUCCGCUGCCGAUGAGCGCUGAUGUGAGUUACUGAUUGUCAGAAGAGACUAGGCAGCCGUGGGGUUCCAGGCCAGCCGUUAAACCAUGGGCACAGUGACGGGGCCCCUGCUGCUGUGGCUUCAGGAUGUGGCGGCUGUGACGCUGCUGCGUGCCAGGAAGACCCUGCUUCAGGCUGCCAUCCUGUUCUGCGUGCUGGUGCUGCUCCUCUGGGUGUCUGUCUUCCUCUACGGCAGUUUCUACUACUCAUACAUGCCCUCUGUGAGCUUCUCCACACCUGUGCACAUCUACUACAGAACAGACUGUGAAUCCUCCAGCUCAGUUCUCUGUUCAUUUCCUCUGGCGAACAUCUCACUGCUCAAGAAUGGCAGAGAUCAGGUGAUGGUCUACGGGCAGCCAUACCGAAUCUCUCUGGAGCUGGAAAUGCCAGAAUCUCCAGUCAACGAACAGCUUGGCAUGUUCAUGGUCCAAAUGUCGUGCUACACCAAAGACGGUCAGGUCAUGUCAUCUGUGGCACGAUCGGCCAUGCUCCACUACCGCUCAAGCCUGCUGCAGACCCUGAGUACGCUCAUGUUCUCUCCUCUGCUGGUGAUGGGGGUCUCAGAGCAGAAGCAGCUCAUCGAGGUGGAGCUCUACCCCGACUACAGGGAAAACGCCUACCAGCCCACCACUGGAGCUUUCAUUGAGAUCCAGUCUCGGCGGAUCCAGAUCUAUUCUGCCCAGCUCAGGAUCCACGCCUACUUUACCGGACUCAGAUAUGUUUUGUAUAAUUACCCACUGAUGUCGGCAGUGGUGGGCGUGGCCAGUAACUUUGCCUUCCUCAGCGUCAUGGUUCUCUUCAGUUAUCUGCAGUUUAUCUGGGGCGGAGUUUGGCCAUCAGAACAAGUCCGAAUACAGGUGAUGAUGGGAAAUGAUACACGCCUCCAGCAGAGGAGAGAGGAGGCGCGUAAACGCAUGAGCUCAUCAUCCAGCACUCCCAUUAAGAGACCUGAAAGUGAAAGUAAACUCAGCGUGCAGCAACCACAGGAACACAAACAAACAGCAAAUGUAAAAAAGAAAGGAGAGUUGGAAACACUCACAGUUGUCGGUUACAUGAGUGAACCAACUGAUCAACAAGAGGACACAGCUGAUGACCAACCUGUCUUCCUGGAGGCUCCCCACAUAGUUGAAACGGAAGUGAGUGAGAUCGAGCCAGAUGCCCCGUACCAGGUGGCAGGAGAUGAGGUACAAGAAGAAGAAGAGGAGGAGGAGGAAGAGGAGGUGGAUGAGACCCAGCCACCCCAGCUUAGCGACACCAAGCUUCGACAUAGACACGGGCCCUGGAUGAGUCUCUGAGUAACACACACACACACACACACACACAGAAGGGUAGCAUGGUGUGCCUUCCUUCACUCACAGUGGGACUUCACCAAAGUAAAGCAUUUAUGAGCAGUCGCCCAGCAGACAUUCCUUCUGUCAGUUCAUUUUCCUUAAACACGUUGGACAUGUUUUUGUUCCUCCCUGUCGUGACAAUGAAAAGUUUACCUCAUUCCUGCUUCAGUCUCGUCCUGGAUGGCCUUUUGCUCCCUCACCCUAGGCUCACAGUACACAAGCUGCUGUAGAGGGAACACAGACUGCUGAGCCCACUUGUGUACUCCUCAUAGCCAUA